GCAUGCACCCUUUCCAUAUCAGCUUGGUGGUGCAUGAAAAGAUGUUUUUUUAAGGCAAGCACGUGGCCAAGCACAAAUGUGGGAGAGAAAAGAAAAGGUGCCAUGUUGUUUCUGCUUUUCUCCUCUUUUGCAUUUACAAACAAUUAAUCGCGUUGUUGAAGCAACCACCUUUUUUCCGUUUAUGAAAAUGAUUAUGGCUAUUCUUCAUUCUUCAUUACACCAUAUUUCAGUGGUGACCUAAACAAAUCGAAGAUACCAUUUCUCCUCCUUACUCGGUGAAGAAUUCUAUGAGGCUCAAUUAUUUUUCGUGUUAUCGUACAAUUGUUUGUGUCACCGUCUCAUUGACGAGCCUCUAACAUCACCACAUCACCACAUCGUAUGCUUAAAUCACAACUUACAUUUUAAUUUUCUCUCCACUUUGGACUUAUUUUUGUCAUAUCGUCUCCUGUUGAUCUAUUUUCAAUACUUUCUCAGCGUACAGACCUCAAAUAUGAGUGCGUCACGUCGCAUGCCCAAAUUUGAACAGGCAGGAAAGUUCACGGGCGAAAAUCAAUCAGCUUCGAGAUGGCUCCGGAGGAUUAAACUCGAUCUUGCUGCCAACAACCCCGAUACUAUCUCAAAUUCCAUGUAUUUAUGGGCUAUUGAUGUUUUGCUGGAAGGACCUGCAGCACAUUGGUGUGAUUCUGUCCCUAAGAUCAAAGAUAUCUUGGAGAAUUACGACACGGCGACCAUGUCCGAGGUCAAAUGGUUGGAGGGUGAGCUGAUAAAGCAAUUUCCUGGGAAUUUCGUCCCCCCACCUGUGGACCGCGUGAUUAGGAGUCGUUCACAUAGUCUAGAGGCAAGUUCCGACUCAGGCAGCACUGCAACAAGGCUAGGAAAGAUGUAUAUUGGGGAGAACCCCAAACCUUGGAAUCAAAGGCGAGAAGCACCACAAGUUUCUGAAGUGCAACAGAGAAAUCGGUACCAUGACGAUGGACAAUAUAAACGUGGGUCACGACAAAACCCGGCCGAAGGAAAUGUCAUUGAUGAAUACAAAUUCAAUGACAAACCAACGACUGCAUCGAGGUCUCCAAAAUACCACAAUCAGCAGUACCACAGCUCUACAGCGUCUCGCCAAACACCGCAAAUUUCUAGGAGUUACAGUACUAAUCGAGCCCAACUACCCACAUCUCCAAAAAGCAUCCUGAAAAGCAACACAAGCUAUCACCGGCAGCCAAUUACCCGUUCUUACAGCAGCCAAGACCACCCAAACGUCCGCUACUCAAGAGCUAGAAGUCCACCUCUCAUUCAAAAUAAUCAUGACACGGACCAAUAUCGAAGGCCUGGAACUCAACCGCCCCAACAAUUACCACAUGCGCAUCAUCCAACUGGUCCAUCUCGCCCUCCUGUGUCGAGGUCAAUAUCCCAUAGUUCAAGAACUCCUUAUCAGGGAGUCACAAUAAUACCAUCGAAGUCUCCAAAAAGGAGUUGGUCCUAUGUGCCAUCUAGCUCUUCUCGGUCCACUCGCUAUCCAGUCCAAAAGUCACCUAAUCAUGAACGGGAUCCAUUACCGAAUCCAAAAAGAUCAGAACCGACGUCUAGUUCUUGGAAACCAUCCAAUACGGCCAUUGCUACAAUUGAGCAUCGUCGCCAAGCAUCAACUCUGUCUCCUCGGAAGCCGGAACUCGAACGCAGAACCACAUAUCCGAAAACGGGGGGAGAAUGGCGAUGAUUUCGAUGAUGAGGCUGAACAUCUUAAGUGGCCUGUGUCACUCGAAUGAAGGCGUUCAUUACAUACUUCCAUUUUCAGGUGUAUGAUAGCAAUGUUCAUAUUCACUUCACUGUCCUAGUCGAAUCCGAGGGAAUGCAUGAUUAUAAUUCGUCAUUCAUGCUAACUAAAGUAUCGAAAGAGACACCGCCGCACGACACUUGUGGUUGAAGGAUGGGCCACAGGCGUACGUGGUGUAGAUGAGAAAAGCAUGGAUGGGAUGCUGCGUAUGGUAAUAUUCCGUUAGUAUUAUCCUUCUUUCCCCUCGCUACUUCCAAUAACCCAGUACCAGAGCCGUAAUAUUCAACAAUUACUUCAACCAUUUUACUCCUCAAAUCUAAGAUUUUUUCAUACACCCUAGCAUAAUAUACAGGUGACGAUAUACAUCAACGCGCAUCCAUCUUCGUCGUUCAUCAGAACAUGUUUUUCUCCAGUGCGUGAAGAAAUUAGGGAGGUAUUUCGAAAAGC